GAGAUUGAGACACAAAUCGGAGACCGAAUGCCAACACAUGAGGACAGGAAUCGAUGCCAUUAUGUCAUGGCUUUCAUCGCUGAGACUCUGAGGUUCAGGAAUAUAGCCCCACAGGGAGUCCCUCAUAGGGCUGUUGUCAGGACUACUAUCGGCAAAUAUACAAUCCCUGAAAAUAUGGGAGUUCUUGUGUGUCAGGGAAUCAUUUGUCGUAAUCAUAAGGAUUGGGACAAAGCUAAUGAGUUUAUUCCCGAGAGAUUUCUGGACAGUGAGGGCAGGUAUACGACUACCCGUCCAAAAGCGUACAUCCCCUUCGGUGUGGGACGACGUGUUUGUCCGGGAGAGAAGUUAGCCAUCGCUAACCUCUUCAUAGUUUUGGUCAGAUUUCUGCAGUCGACUCAAGACUACGAUAUAGUCCUCGACAUGUUCAAAUCGAAACUCCAUUUCGAUGAUGUGCUCCGGAAUGUGGCCAAGAAGUACGGCCCGGUAUUCACGGUUUGGUUGGGAAACGCCCCCCACGUGUUUGUUACGGACAUAGAUAUGGCUCGCGAGGCGUUCAAGAAAAAUGACAUUGCUGGCCGGACUGAAUCAUUUUUCGGAUCUCAAUUAUCCAAUGACACGAUGAAAGACGUUGUAUUUACCGAUUACGGACAUACCUGGGAAGCGCUUAGAAGGGUCGCCCACUCGGCCGUACAGCUGGCAUACGUGGCCACCGAUUGUGUGGACCGGACGGUGAAAACUAUAUUAGAUAAGGAAGGAGUGGGUAAACCCUUUUCGCCCAUCAAUUACAUAUAUCUCACAUUUCUCAACAUAUUAGCCACCAGUACAUUUGGGCAGAGUUAUGAUUUGGAGGACAAGGAGUUUAAGGAUAUGAAGUAUGUUUUACGUGAUUUUGGUCGAGAGAUCGGACCUCGCUUUAUUUUGUGGGAAUUCUCACCGAUAUUUAGACUAAUAGACAAAAAACGAGUCAAUAAAAUGAGGAAAUUAUUUAAAGACGCCGCAGAACUCAUGAAACAUAAAUAUAUUUCACAUCAGAAAGACUACUCGGAAUCCAUUGAAAGAGACUUUUGUGAUGCACUCAUAACCGCUAAGAAUGAGGCCCUCAGAGAGGGUAAAGAGUCGGCCCCUUAUCUCACCGAUGAAAACCUAGCGAUGACUAUAUUUGAUCUGUUUUUCGCCGGAACUGAUACAUCCCAACAGACAUUUCAAUGGUUACUCAUUUUGUUGUCGUAUUACCCGGAAAUGCAACGAAAGUUGAGACAAGAGAUUGAGACACAAAUCGGAGACCGAAUGCCAACACAUGAGGACAGGAAUCGAUGCCAUUAUGUCAUGGCUUUCAUCGCUGAGACACUGAGGUUCAGGAAUAUAGUGCCUCAGGGCUUACCUCACAGGGCUAUUGUUAGGACUACUAUUGGUAAACAUACCAUUCCUGAGAAUAUGGCGGUUAUUGUAUAUCAGGGCUACAUUUGUCGUAAUGAUAAGGAUUGGGAGAAAGCAAAUGAGUUCAUUCCCGAGAGAUUUCUUGAUAAACAGGGAGAGUUCAUAACUACCCGUCCAAAAGCGUACAUCCCGUUCGGUGUGGGACGACGUGUUUGUCCCGGAGAGAAGUUAGCCAUCGCUGACCUCUUUCUAGUUUUGGUCAGAUUUCUGCAGUCGACUCAAGACUACGAUAUAGUCCUCGACAGUCAUAAUGGUAUUGAUGCCGACCCUAAUAUAGUCGACGCUUAUUCCCCUCCAGAAUAUAAAAUACUAUUGAAAAUUAAAAGUCAAUAA